UAGGCAGUGAUAUCAUGAGCACAUUUUAACUGACUCAAAGCUGUUACAUUGAGUGCCAUCUUAGUGUCAUUCUAAGUGUGUAAAUUCACUUAGAGCGGUUGCAUUGAGUGCCAUCUAAGUGUGAUUCUAAGUGCACUGUGCCGUUGAAAAGUUCGUUGCUGUGAAAUCUUUUCUGUUAGCCCGCGACACAUUCCCCCGUGCAACACAGCAAGGAGGAGGAUAAUGAAACCGAGGAUGGUGCGAACGGGGAUGGUGACGCCGGGGAUGGUGAGGAUGGUGGUGGUGAUAGUGACAGUGCUGGCGACAGUGGACGCAUCACAGGGAAAUACCCAAUAUUGCGACGUAGUUCCGGAUGCAUUGGACCCUCCGCCCUACCCUCAAGUACCUAACCAAUACUCGUGCUACAUGGAGGUGGUUUCGGACGCACCGCAAAACCCUGGAGAUCCUGAUAUGCGUUUGGAGAUGUUCGUGAAGGAAGUGUACGACGAACCCGGGAACAUGUUCAUGAUGAAGAUUGGGUCCAAGUAUUAUCGUGAGAAAUAUAUCCUCGACUGGACCACGAAGCAGAUGCUGUUUAUACACAUGACCAAAAACAAUGCCGAAGUGAGAGAAUGCGUCUCACGCCCACUAAGUGAGGGCGUGAUCUUCUUCCCGCCCAUUCUCGGGACGGGCCAGAACCUGUCGGUGUCUCACAUCGUGGGGCCCGGAACGGCGCUCGGGAUUCUCAACUGGAACGAAACACACUACAAGGGAGAGUAUCCCAUGCGAGGAAUGACGGCGGACCGAUGGGACUGGUGCGGCCUCAAGGAAUUCGAGAACGAGACGGGUUCUCAUAACAUCUCCAUGGCGACGUACUGGAGCUCGUCAAAAUGGAAUAUGCCCGUGAUGCCUACGGUAGAAGUCAGCAUCCCUUUGGGUUGGGAGGUGGAGGUGCAUGAGCCGCAAGGUGGAGGAUCCCACGGAUAUUACACGGUGGAGACGCUUGUCCAUAACAUAUUGGAAUUCACCCCCGGAGUGGUGGACUAUCUAGACUUCAAGGUUCCUGAUGGUCUUUUCUGCGAGGGUAUGGUGUCCCCCGAAGGACACCCCUUCCCGGACUUCUCAAAGGACAGACUCUUCACCUUUAGCCUUGAGAUGAGGGACAGCAGAGAGAAGGACUUCACGUGGGCUGACGGUUGGUAUGACUUCGAGAAACAGCUGUACCGAAUCGACCACGAGAUAGUGAGCACGCCGAGGGAGCGCAUCACCGCCACGGAGGUUUUCGACUUCAAUGAUGGUCUGGCCUUCACCUUCGGCAAACAGAUCGCCAAGUGUCGCAUCACCAUCAUUAACGACACCAGGACGGACUGGUCGGAUAUCACGGGCAUCGGGCACCUUUGGGCGGAUUCUCCCAACGCUUUCUUCGGCUCCGACCUCGUUAAUUAUACCUACUACGGCCCCAGACCCGAGCGCGACAUGGACGGCGACGAAUGGCGGGCCUUGAGGUCAGACUGGCCACUCGACGUCACGGGCGGGGACAACCACAUGAUCUGGAUGUGGACCUUCGCCAACAAAAACGUGACAGUGCUGACGAGUCUCGGAGACCAUCUGUACGAGGAGCGCCAAGUCCCGAUCGGCCUCAGCGUAACGGCGCUAAAAGGCUUCCAGACGAGCUUUGGCCACGUAGAUAAAGGGACGACCUUCAACUACCAGAUCUACGACUUCAACCUCGAAUCCGACGUCAAGUUCGACCUCUACAGCGACGGCGGCGUCUUCGAUGUCUACAACUGUUACUCGGCCAACUGGAGGGAUCAUCUCAAGUUCAAACUCGAUGUCUCAUCAUGGCCCGAGGUCGCGAACACCCCUCUCCUGACUUCGCCGAGGUUCAACGAGUACUGGCAAGUCCUCCUGGCAACGACCGGUACCGUUUCCACACUCAGGAUCACUAGAGUUAAGACCAUCGUAGAGGAAUCGAACGAGGUCUGGAUUGAGUUCGUCCUCCUGUAUCGCCACCCUGAGAUCGGCGAGUUAGACAGCGAUCUCUACGCCCACCUCACGCCCGGUUUUACAGCCCACACCCUCAUUGCAACGGCUAUCAACAAUGGAGAGAUCUCAUUCGGUGGUCAGAAGCCUGGCGGUGGCGAAUUCUUGCUGGAGGCCGUCAAAGGAUCCUUAGCCUUGGUGGUGGACCAAGACUGCACUUCGACCACAGCCGUGCCCCCAACGCACCACACAGGACCCACUAAGUCCACGCCAACCACCACAAAAACAACCACAAAAACAACAACAACAACGACGAAGAAACCUGGAACGGGAACUGCGUCGAAUGAACAGACAGAAUCAUCGGUAACUGACGGUUCAACCAUUCCUUAUAUACCCCCUGGUGACAACGUCAUGUACACCUCAGGUGACCUCGCAGGCGUGGGCGUGGGGCUCCUGAUGGUGGGACUGGCGUUUGGCGGGGGAGGAACGUUCCUGGUGGUCGUCAAGCGCAUCCACAUCACCAUCAUGAACUGCUGCAAACAUUAGAAGUCGCGGAAUCGGACGCGUUGGUGUUAUUUUUUUUUUCUUUCUUUCUUUAUGCUCUCGAAGGUUAUCUUGGUAGAGAAAUAAAAAAAAAUGUGAUUUUAGGGAGCUUGUUGAAAUACUGAUUCGUGUUUCUAUUUCUUGUUAAGAUCGUAUCAGAUUGGAAUAAAGGAUGUAGGUUGAUUAU